AUGGAGCAAAUCGUCGAACAAGGCUCAGGUGUCGCCGCCACUGCGGCAUCACCCGCGGUCCAUGGCUCGAAAGCAGGUUCGGUCGUCAGCAUUUCCGAUACUGGUGGACAAGGCGACCAGAAUGGCUCUACUGCAAGCGGCGGUAAGGAGCUUGAGGCGUCACAGGCAAAGCCUGCUGCCGAAAACGACCCUCGUACUCAAGAGGACAAGCAGCGGGGCACGAAGAGACCCGGCGAGGGCGAAGCGGGAUCGGCUGUUGCGAAGAAGUCUAGAGUAAAUGAGGCAGCUUCAGGGGGAGCGGCAGCAAAGGAUACGAAAGGAAAUGUCAAACAGCCAGAGACGCUCGAAGAGUUCAAAGCAAAGGGUAACGAGAUCAUUUCGAGGAAAAAUGCACAGAUCGCAGAACUCAAGGCUCAGUUGGCAGAAGCCAGAGAGGAAAAUGAGUCGCUCGAAGCCAGCAGAGAGGCCGAGAGGGCCGCUCGUAUAGCACUGGAGCAAAAGCAACUUGCUCGAGAGGCUAACAAGAAAGUCAAGGCGGCAAGACAGAAGGAAUUGCAGGAUGAAAUCGCCAAGGAGAUCAGGUUCGAAUUACAGCAGGCCUAUGAGACCAAGCUCAAAAACAAGAACGCUUCUUUUGAGAAGCGUGUGAGCUCGAAGUACGCCACUGCCGAAAAGAAUCUGUCUCGCAAGUUGCACGACAAAUCGGAGAAGCUUGAGGCUACCCUCGAAGAGCUACGAGACCUCAAGGAAGACUACAAGGAGGAAGUCAGGGAGCUUAAGGCUGAGGCCAAAGAGAACGCCAAACAAGGUAAUCCAAAAGCGCAACAAAAAUUCAAGGACUGUCAGGAGGACCUCAAAGCAAAGCAGAAAGAGCUUGAUAGGGAGAAAGCCAUCGUAGAGAACCUCAAGAAACAGCUCAUCCAUUCAAAAGCCGAGACCAACGCCGAGGAGACCCAGAGACGGGACCUCGAUAAGACCUACAUCGGAGUAUGCAAUGAGAAGCGCAAACUCGAAGCCGAAAUUCAGCAGCUGCAGCAGAAAUCCACACUUCAGGAACAAGAUGCCAAGAACGAUAAGAGAAGAUACAAGCAGAUCAUGCAGCAAAUGCAGGAAUCAUGCAAGAAGAAAAUCGACGAGGCGGAUAAGAAGUGGAAAAUUCAAGCUGACAACUCUGCUGAAAAUCAAGAACGUGUUGUCGAUGCUCAACGCCUCAUCUUCCAACUCAACAAUGCAAACGAUCGGCUUCUGAGACACGUGGGAGAACAUCAGAAGAAGAUUCAAGACCUCGAAGCGGAGAAGCGUAAGAAGGACUCGGAGGUUCAGAAGUUUAGGGAGAAGCUCGUGGAGUUGGGUAUCUCGCCUCUUGCUGUUUUGGGAUCGAACUCGGCGGCUGUAUCCUCUCAUGGUGCUGCUUCGAUCGCUCUGAAUCGAGACAGCGAGGGGAAGGCAACGGGCGCGGACAUGGGGAAGAAUGCGGAGUAA